AUGUUCUCUCGUAUCGUCGCUCUUGCUGUCUUGGCUCUGCCCCUCUUCGUCGUCGCAGCUCCCGCGACCAACACGACCGUCACUGGCGGAUCGUGCAACACUGGUUCCGCCCAGUGCUGCAAGUCCGUUCAGGACCCUAGCUCGUCUGUUGUGCAGGAGGCGCUCGGCCUCUUGGACAUCCCCAUCGGUGACGUUACAGCCGGAGUUGGUCUCACCUGCGACCCCAUCACCAUCAUCGGUCUUGGAACUACCCAAUGCGCCAAUCAGCCUGUUUGUUGCAAGGACAACAACUACAAUGGUGUCGUUGCUCUCGGUUGCACUCCCAUCAAUGUGGGACUUUAAACAGGUCACUGCCUUGGGUUCUCGGAAGAUGCUUUGGUAGAUUUAAGUUUUUCGUUACAACCGGGAGAUCUGUGUUUGUUUAGAUGACCUUACAUAUACGUUAUUAUUUUCGUGAAUGCUUC